CUAGGGCCUAGAGAUGGUACCAGUGUCUAGAAAUUGAUAACAUGAUGAUGACAUGACUUCCCCGGCAUUAGAAUAUAUAUUUUUUUUUUAUUGAGAUAUAAGUGUGGUGACGUUGACCCCUUAGAAUAUAUAUUAUCAUAUUACUUCUUAUAUUAACGUAUAUAACAAAAAUAAGGUAUAAACGUAUUAAAAAAAUAUAUACGGAAUGUGACAUUAUUAUUAUCAUUACUUGUGAAUAAAUUGUGAUUCCGAACAUAUACGCAAACAAGUGACUUCGAGAAAUUGCAUCAGACAAUUUGGUCCCGCGACUUGACUUCAUACAAUACAAUACUAUAUCUAUAUAUUAUACGAGAUAUUGCAUUAUCACUAAUUAAAAGUUAAUAAUUAAUUAGUUGAAUAGAGAACUACAGCUGUUAAUAGAAAGCUGUCGAAUAAUUCGUCACGCAUAAGAAAAAGUAAUUUUCUAUAUGUGACAAAUAAAAUAACAACAUUACUCCAUUUUCAAAUUUUCAUCAAGAUUUUAGGAUACAAUUUUGUUGUCAAUUUGUAAGUAAUUCUAUAUUAAGAGAGUAAGUUUUAUAUAGUUCUACAAAACUUAUUAAAAUAUUAAUUAUUAUUGUAAUGCUAUAUCUAAUAUUGUACAACUAUAUUAGAAAUAUGUAUAAACAAUAGCAGAAACCUUAGGUAAAAAUUUUUUUCUACAAGACUACAACCGUGUAUGUUUGCUCUGCUUUUUUUAUAUAAUUUUUUAAACAAUACAUUCUGCAUUUCCUAGUUUCAGGAUGGCAAAAUCACCAAUUAGCGUACUCCAAGAAUUAUCAGUUAAGCAGGGAUAUGUUCCUAUUUAUAAUUAUACAGGUGUAAAGAAAGUUGGGAUUUACGAUCAAUUUGUAUGCAGAGUAGAAUGUAAACAGUUCAAUGCUGAAGGUGUAGGAAAUUCCAAAAAAGACGCUAAGCAGAAUGCUGCAGAAAACAUGUUAUCAUUAUUGACCGAGGAAAAUGAACUUUCAGUAUUAUCUCCAGUCGCAAACAAAGCACAGAUCUCUACACCGACAAAAAUCUGCGAGCCAACAUCACCAUCAAGAAUUCAGGCUCUGUCAAGCUCUAAUGUUAACUAUGUUGGAUUACUACAAGAAUUUUGUGUACAACAAAAGUUAAUGAUCAAAGAUAUAUUAUACGAAGUUGUCGAUGAAAGUGGACCACCUCAUAUGAGAAUCUUUACGAUAGAAGCCAGUAUAGGAUCUGUACGUGAAAAAGGUUCGGCACAAUGUAAAAAGAUUGCCAAACAAGAAGCUGCAAAGAAGUUACUACAACAUUUACAUCCUGAUAUAAAUAACUUAUUGAAGGGAAAUAAGAAUACAAAUUACAAAAUGCUUGAGGAUACUAUACGAAAACUAGGUAUAGGAAUAUCAGAAUGUAUAAUUAGCGAGCCAGCAUUACCAGUUGCAAGCCUAUCGAAGAAGGCACAAACGUUGUAUAUGAAAUGUAACAAUAAGGAGCUUAAAGUGACCAGGCAGGAUUUUCUACUCAAAGAUCUUCAUAAUUUAUUCGAAGAAACUUAUUCCAAUAAAAUUUCUUUUAAUAUGAGGGAAAAAAUGCAAACUGUACGGGACAAAUACACCAAUCAUGCAGAUAUAAUAGAAGAAGUCAUACAAGAUAUUGUGAGAGCAUUAGAAGUCAAGAUAGAAAAAACUAUUUUACCUAGCUUAAUGAAAGGCUAUAUAAUAUGCUUACGCCUGUCAUCCAAUCCUAUUAUUACACAAUUUGGCAUGGAUGAAACUAAAGAUAAAGCAGAGAUUCAGGCAAAGUAUAAUAUUAUUGUAACUGUUUUAGCACUUUUAAACAUUUCUUAAUGUAUAUAUGUAUAGAAUAAUAGAGCACGUAUGAACAAACAGAUAAAAAUAAGAAAUAUCAAUUUUCUUUUAGUUACAUUUAUAUAUUUUUAAGUAAUAGCUCUGAGAUUAUAUAAUGAUUGUGAAAUUGUAAAUUUAUAUAUUUUAUUCAAUUAUUUACUUUUUGUAAAUAAAAGUAAUUA